AUGGCAUCCAACCCCCCCGCCGCAUGCUGCACAAUCGGCGUGACGCACGAAGGCAACCCAAAAGGCUCAUUCAAACAACUCGGCGAUGUCGAACUCUACAUAACCCACCCACCCACCAAAACCACCCGCGCAAUCCUCUUCCUAACAGACGUAAUCGGCCACCGCUUCAUAAACGCCCAACUAAUCGCCGACCAACUUGCCGCAAACGGCUACCUAGUCGUAAUGCCCGACCUCUUCCACAACGAUCCCGUCCCGCUCAACCGUCCAGCCAACUACGAUUUAAUGGCCUGGCUCAAUGGUCCACCGGGCCAUCUGCCGCCGCGCGUAGAUCCAGUCGUGAAAGCCGUGCUGGCGGAAAUGAGGGAGAAUAUGGGCUGUGAGAGGAUUGGGGCUGUCGGGUAUUGUUUUGGCGCCAAGUACGCUGUUCGAUUCCUUAGGCCUGGGAGUGUGGAUGUUGCGUACGUUGCGCAUCCUAGUUUUGUUGAUGCGGAUGAGUUGGCUGGGAUUCGGGGGCCUUUGUCUAUUGCUGCUGCUGAAACGGAUGCGAUUUUCCCGGCGGCCAAGAGGCACGAAUCGGAAGGAAUCUUGGUGAAAACGGGCCAGGCUUACCAGAUUAAUCUGUUUAGUGGGGUGGAGCAUGGCUUUGCUGUUCGCGCUGAUAUCACGAAGCCUGUUGUUCGGUUUGCGAAGGAGUCUGCGUUUACUCAGGCUGUUGUUUGGUUUAACCAGCACCUUUGA